AUGAAGGAUGAAACCUUAGUCAUGACAAUGUUCGACUUUAGCGCGUGGGGACAUGAGACUAUGAUGUGGCUGCAAGGACUCUUGGAUACACAUGGAAGUGCGGCUGUGGGCGUGAAGAAAACCCAGGGUACUGAACUCCAGGACACGCCAACUUUGGCCCAUCCGUAUUGGGCACAUUCCGUCGACGGGUUUCGGUUCCUGGCGCCCGAUGAAGCCAAGAAAUACGGCCAUGCGUUCGGCUUUGAGUACACGUCACUCAUGAUCCACCCAGGGGUCCUGAUGGCAUGGAUGACCAAGCAAAUUCAGUCGCGAGGUGGCACUUUUGAGAAGCGGCAUCUCUCGUCGCUGGAGAACCUACGAGGCGAUGCUUGCGAUGUUAUUGUCAAUUGCACAGGCUUGGGAGCGGGAAAGCUCGUGAACGAUCCGACUGUGUACCCAGUGCGUGGUCAAGUGGUCAAGGUGUUCAACCGAGCUAUCAACCAGUUUUUCCUGGUCGAGAGUGGUGGCCACUACACGUACAUCUUGCCUCGCCCAGGGGGGGAAGUCAUUCUAGGCGGCACAGUUCAAGCGCACAAUUGGAGCACAGAUUGCAAUGACGACGACGUCAAGGACAUUGUCGAACGCUGUGCGGCGCUUGACCCUGCUGUCAAGGAGAGUCGUGUGCUCGAAACAAAAGCAGGAUUGAGACCGUCGACAACCAGGGGAACGCGGGUAGAGCUCGAUCCGAAACGAGGGGCUGGAACGGCAUGGAUCAUUCACAACUACGGGCAUGGAGGCAGCGGUCACACGAUCCAUCGGGGGUGUGCCGCCGAUGUCGCCAGGAUUGUUGAGUCCUUGGCCGCGAAACUGUAA